UUUAUAUCAAAUAUAAAUUUAUCAAAUAAGAAUGGACCCCAAAUCGACAGCAUUCCAUCUUUACAAGUAAACAUUGAUUAGAAAGAAUACAAAGCCUAUAGGCCAAAUAUAUAGUUAUGAAUAAAAAGAUGUAAUUAUUUAGUUUUAAUCUAUGUAGAAAAUUGGACAAGGUGCUUAUGGUAGCGUAUACAAGGCGAUUCAUAAAGUAAGUAAAUAAGUGAGAGCUGUAAAAGUAAUCAAUAAACUUAAUAUCAAAUACAAAGAAAGACUAUUAAGCGAGAUAACUAUUAUGGAGUUAUUAGUAAAUAUAUAUGAUAUCAUUUAGGAUCAUCCUAGUAUAUUAAGAUUGUAUGAAACAUUUGAAGAUGCAGAAUACUUAUACAUGGUUUUGGAGUAUAUAUGUAUUUAAAAUAAAGAAUUUGCCAAGGAGGAGAUGUGUUUGAUAAGGUUCUAGAAAAGGGAUGUCUACCAGUAGAAGAUGCUUUUAAAAUAUAUAUUUAAUAUAUGCGAGCUGUUAACUAUUAUUAAGGUUUUAAAAUUGUUCACAGGUAAUAUAGACCAUAAUUAAAUAGAGAUUUAAAACCAGAAAAUUUUUUAUUUUAGAAAAAAAAUGAUUUAUCAUCCUUAACUUUAAUUGAUUUUGGAAUUGCAAAAAGAUGUGUUGAUAAAUUAAAAACAAAAAGUGGCACAGUAAAAUUAUUAAUAGAAAAUAGGCAUACUAUGUUGCUCCUGAAGUUUUAGAUGGAUUGUAUGAUCAUAAAUGUGAUGUCUGGUCUGCUGGUGUUGUUCUUUAUGUAAUUUUAUGCGGUUACCCUCCUUUUUAUGGUGAAAAUGAAAAGGAAAUACUUACAGAGAUUAAAACAGGUACAUUAUAAUUUGAUGGUAUAAAUAAAUUAAUAUAAAAUAGGCGAUGAAUGGUAAGGAAUAUCAUAAGAAAUAAAAGAUUUCAUUAAAUCUUAAGUCUGUCCAGCUGAUAAGAGACUUUUACCAAAGGAAUUAUUAAACCAUAAAGUUAUUACUCAAUACAAUUAAAAAUUUGUCUAAGAUAAUAAAUUAUUAUCUAUGCUAACACUAAAUUAAUGGGUCAAAUAUCAUCCUAUAAGAAGACUAGCUCUCUUUUAUUUAGCAACACAACUAGAUUCAAGUGAGUUAGUGAAUUAGAAAAAUUGUUUUUUCUUCAUAAAUACUUCUCAAACUGGAUUAAUUACUUAAUAAGAAUUAUCAACUUAUUUAAAGGUUAAUAAGUAAGAUGUUCAAAAAUUAUGGCCUUAUAUUGAUUGUAAUAGUAAUGGCUUCUUAGAUUUUUUUGAAUUUGUAGCAUUAACACUCACAUAGUAAGAAUUUUAAAAGUAAUUACAAUUUAUGUUCGAUUUCUUAAGUUAGUAAGAUAAGGUUAUUUCAUAAAAGACUAUCAAAUAUAUUUUCGAUUAAAAUGCUAACUUUAAUAAUAAAUGGGAUAGUAUCUCAGAUACAAAAAAUCAUUUGGCUCUUGUCAAUCAACAUGAAUAAUAAAUCAAUAUCAAAAAUAUCUUAGAGAAAGAUAUGGAUUUUAAUGCCUUUAAAGCUUUAAUGUAAUGAAAUAAUCAUUCAUAUUUUAAUAUAA